GGUCACACUGAUCACAAUGGCCAUUUUGUUGUUUUGCGUUGAAAAUUUUCGGGUUUUAAUUUAGCGAAAAAGAAUAAUGGUGUAGGUAUAGUUACUAAAUAUUCAGAGGUAAAUGGUAACAAAUAAAAUGGUACAUUUGAACAACUAAAUUGCUAAAGCAAGGCAGGCAGAAAGCAAACAUAAGAACGAUGAGUGGAACAAAUGCAAAAUCCUCGUCGGCGGCGGGAGGUGGCUUUGGUAGCCAUAUACCCAGCAUUGAGGAAAAGAAUAAGCAAAUUCAGCAGGAGACCAUGAUGGAGAAGCUGAGAGCAAAGUACCGGAACAAGCCGAAAACGUAUGAGGAGAUCAAGAAGUCGGUGAGAAUGUAUUUCAUUGAGAAGCACUAUCCACUGGAUCCCCUCUGCAAGGCAACACUGCAGUCGGCGUUGGACAAGCUUCAGCACUAUAUCAAGGUUACCUCGAGGCAUGGCCUCGUGGAGCGAUUGGAGAGCCUGUCCCGGCAAUUGGGUCUCAAGUUCAUGGAGGAUCAGCAGCUCCUGUUUAUUUCCACGGACAUGUUUUACGUGGAAAUUCUGCUCGACGCCAGCGGUAAUCUGUCGGACGUCAAGGUGCAUCAUGAAUGUAAAAUAGAGCAGCAAUCGAGUGAAUUGGUAAAGUGCCUGAAGUCCGGAGACUUUGCCGACUUCACCGUUCAGCUAGAGGGUCUGUCCUCAAUUUACCAACUCAAUGCCGAGCCAAAGGUCAAGAAGAAGGCGUUUGUGGCCUUGCAGGCCAUGGAAACGGACAUCUACAGUCUCUACAGUCAUCAGAUGCCAAACCGCACGGGCGACAGCUACGAGAUCAUGAACAGCUCUGCCGUGGGUCUGGUUCUGCAGCGGCGCGGCGGCCAUCCCAUGAAGCUGACCUACUUCUGCCCCCCCAUCCACCUGGCGGAUGGCGAUUCGAAGGUGGCAAGCAGCGAGUUUAGCAUUGAUCAGGUGAUGCACAGCAGUCACGGACUGAGUGCCACCGUUAACCUGGAGGGCUCCUCGGCCAACAAGCUUCAGCUUAUGCCCAUUCUAAGCUUCAGUCGCGAUCCGCAAACGGGCCUGGAGAUGCCCACGUAUGCCCCUCUCAAUCAAAACAACUCCAUGCUGAUGCCGGCCACCUAUGUGCUGCGUCUGAACAAGCCCAUGCCCGUGUGCUACGAGACCCUUAAAAGUCUAGGCCUGCCGGGCGUAGAGGGCAUGACACCAGCACCCUCGUCACCAGUCGCCACUGUGCUCAAUUUGAUUGUGCAAACCGCCUCUAAGCAGGCGAUAAAGAACACCCAGAGGGGCCUCUAUGUCAAUCUGCCCAAGGAGACGCACUGCUAUUUCUUUACGGACAAUCGCAAGCUGCAGGGUGCACUGAUAUCGUCCCUACCCUUCACAGAGCCCGCCCAGGUGCCCAAGAUAAUGGCGUUUCUGAAAAAGCAGGCCCUCUUCUACACGCUUCUCGCCAGCUGUGUGCGAGAACAGCAGAAGCAAUACAAUGACAUGGAUAGCACUGUGAUACUGGAGGUGACGGCCGUCUCCUUCAACCAGAUCACUGUGGAGCUGCAGCACCCCUAUGAGGAGUCGCUGGCCACAGUGGAUUUCCUGCUGGAGGAUGGCCAGGCCACAUGCAGCAUCUAUUGCCUGAACAACGAGUAUGAGAUGCUCUCUCAAAAGCUGACACGGACUGUGCGGAAAGUCCUCUCCAUCCCGAUGGUCAUCUACAAGCUGCUCAAGUGCUGGGAUGAGGAGCAUCAGUUCAAGUUGCACGGCGUGAUUGGUCCUGGAGCGGGCGCAGGUGCGGGAUUUGGAUCGGGAGCUGGAACAGGAAACGGCGGCGGAGGCGGGGGAGGACCGGGGCUUGCUCAUGCCCACAAUUUUAAUCAAUUUGCCAUGGAAACGGGACCCUCGGUGGAUGGAAGCUUGCCCAGCGGCGGCUUCACCAGCAUCAACAACCUUAAAAUGGAAGCCAAGUCGCGCUCCCUGGCAGAUGCUUUUGCGGCCUCCACCUCGGCAGCGGCAGCCAUUGCCGGCCUAAUAAAUCUGAAGCGUGAAACGGAUCCUCAAUUAGCCCUGGGCCCUGCACCCUCGGGCAACUCCAGUGCCAGCGCAGCCUCCGUUCCGGCGGCGGCCAAGACGAGCGAUCAUGAGAUUGCCGACAAGUAUAAAAACAUUUGGAAGGAUAAGACACCGAACCUCAAGCACUGCGUCAGCAUAACUCCCAUACCAGGUGACGGUAAGACAGGAGGUGGAGGUGGAGGUGGAGGAGUUCCCGGGGGAAGCAGCGUUGGCGGCGGAGUCCCAGCAGUGGAGGUUCAGCGCACAGGUGGCAUAGAGAUAAUACCAUUAAAUGCACAGAACCAGACCAGUGGACCUCGGGACGGAGGAAGUGCGACCUCCACAACGGCACCCACUACCAUAACCAUAACUCCGAUUACCGGCAAGGAUCCAGCCAAGGAAUCGUCCAAGAAGAGCAGCUCAGCUCCUGCCGGGGUAAGUGUCGCCACGAAGCGCCCACACGAAAGCAGUGCCAGCGCUUCUUCUUCGUCUGCCGGCAGCGGAGGGAGCAGCUCCUCCACAUCCUCCACCGGCAGCAGCAGCUCAUCCUCCACGGAUACGCAGAAGGAGAAGAAGCGCAAGAAGAAACGCGAUGAUUCCCCCAUGGGUCCCCCGGAGAAGAUAUACUCCCGCCAGAACUCGCCAGCGGCUGGUGGAGAUGCUUCGGCACCCGGGGGCGUGGUGAGGAAGUUUUCCUCUCCCUCGUCCUCGCCCAAGGCCGGUGGAUCCGGGCAGGGCCUAAUGGCUGGCGUGCCUCCGGCACGUCCCAGUCCCAAGCAUUCGCCCGUCUACAGCAGUCCCAAGCACAACACCGCCUCGAACAGUCCCAAAUCGCCGUUUGGAACCCACUCGCCCAAGCACGGCUCCUCGGGAAAGCCGAGCAUGUCCACUCUGAAGAGUGCGGCCACAGCGGGAACUAGCCUCAGUCCCAAGGGUGACAAAUCAUCGUCGUCCGUCGGCGCUCCUCCAUCAGCAUCGGCAGGAUCAUCCACAGGAGCUGGUGGCAAUCCCAGCCUGGUGCGUUCCUUUGCAAGCGUUGGAGCUCCGCCACCACCACCGCCGGUGCCUUCUCUGAGCAGCGCCAGCAGCAGCAGCAGCAGUCAACAGAGCGGCAGCUCGGGCAUUAAAAAGGAGAAAUCCUCCUCUGCAGGGGCCUCUUCGUCGGCGGGAGCUUCUUCUGGCCCCUCCGUUGGUAGUGGCGGCGUCGGUGGUGUCUCUCCAGCCAGUGUGGUGGCUGCCGCCAGCGUCGCUGCCGCUGUGGCGGCUCUGAAAACCUCCCAGCAGCAGCAGCAGCAGCAGCAACAACAACAACUGCAGCUCAAAUCAUCUGUGGCCAGCUUGUCGCAUCUGGCUGCUGGAGGCAGCCUGGGCAGCUAUGCGGGAGCUGGAGGAGCAGCAGUGGCGGCAGCAGCGGCAGCAACGGUGGUAGCAGGAGCGGGAGCGGUGACAGGUGCUUCGGCCAUGGAACUGAGUGCUCUGCGGAAGGGCCUGGCGGGAGGCGCGGUUAGUUUGAUGACGUCGACGGCAGCUUUAGCAACAGCAAUCCCAGCAAUAGCAACAGCAGCAGCAGCGGGAACGGGACUGGGAGUGGGAACAGCAGCGUCAGCGUCAGCGGGAGUGGCAGUGGGAGCAGCGGCAUCAGCGGCAUCAGCGGUACCAGCGGCACCACCACCAGCAACGUUUCAACAGCAGCAGCCGGGAGCAGCGCCACCUAGUAGCUGCUUAGCCACUAGCGGGCCCAGCAGCAGCGACGCAGGUGGAAGCAACAUCACAAGCGGAACAUCCUCGGAGUAUAUGGUGAAACCCAGCAGCCAGGAAGGCCUCAAGCUGACAAUCAACAAAACGGGCAGCAGCAAGAGCUCCAGUUCCGGCGCAAGCUCCUCAAGCGGCAUGGGAAAGACGAAGGGCAGCAGUAGUGGCUCGAGUGGGGGCGCAGCAGCCUCGUCUAGCUCCUCGAGCUACGCCAAAAAGCAGCACACGGGCCUGAAACCCGGAGUGAACAGUGGACCUGCCUCCAAGAAAGCCACAGCGUCAGCAACAGGAUCAACAGCAAUCGCUGGCGGCGGCUCCUCCUCCUCCAGCAAGCAUCUAUUUCAGAAGGCCAACUCGUCGGGCAACUUAAGCAGCAAGCUCAGCGGAUCCGCCAGCGGCGGUGGUGUACUGCUGACCAAAAGCAAUAGUACCAACUCCUUCCCAGAGCACAAUGCCCCCAGGCGUCGACCCAGUAUGGGAGGCUUAGCCAGCAGCGGCGGUGGGGCAGGAGGGGCUCAACGAAAGGGUGGCUCAUCUGCGGGUGGAGGUGGCUCUUCGGGAGCCGUGUCGCCGGCAGCUCUCACUGGCUCCAUGUCCCAGCCGCCGCCUCGGUUCGAUCAUCACACCGACAUGAUGACCAUUCUACAAUAUGCCUCACCCACGAUGGCCGCCAGCAUGGAGGGCUUCAUCAAGGGACUGCACAACAAGUUUCAAAUACCCAAGUUGUCGCAGCGCGGGAGCGGUGGCAGUGGACGGAGCACGCCCAGCAGCACUGAGCAGACUUCGACAACAUCGGCUACGACUGUUGCCUCCACAGUUGCCAGUUCCAGUGGACUGUCAGAUCCGGACACAAAGCCUUCGGCACCGCCGCCUCCGUCGGGCAACGAUCUGCUGCUGAACCUUAGCACCACGGCGCCAAUGCCCACUGGCGAUGGCAUCGAUGAGGAGCUUCUGGCCAGCCUGGCUGGCGAAUGACACCAUGCGAUGUUCCUGUUGCUCUAUUCCGCUUUGCGACUCUCAUUUAAUGGACAACUUAUGUGGAAUCGUCUUGUUACUGGGCUCAAAAACUAAGCUACAUCAAUACUCGUACUCGUAUACAUAUAUGAUUAUAGAUUUUCUCAUUAUAUUUACAUUUUUAAUAGAUUCGAUUCGCAAAUUAUUCCGUAAACCGUAUAUUUAUUGCCUUGUAUCUCGUAUCUCACGAUCUGCAUGUGCAACAGUUGCAACCUAACUUUAAAUUCAGUUUCCUCCGAUAGGCUUACGGAUUUUCCUAUUCUUAAUAUACGACACAAGAAAUUUGGUACAAAAUCUCAGAGAUUAUCACGUGCUGCUUGUAAAACUGUGUAAUGGCGGGCAAAAACAAAACUCAUGUUAAACUUUGGUUCACAAAAUGUAUUAGGAAACAUUUAUUGAUAGCGAUAAGAUACCAUAUUGUGUGUGGACCGAUCGCUCUAAACAUUAUGUAAAAUAUAAUAUAAAUAUAAAUAUUUGUAUUCAGUUGGAGACA